AUGGAUCCGCUGCAGCAGCCUGUGCCGGAGGCCCCUGCUGUGCCGGAGCCGCAACAGCCUGCUCCGGAAGACCAGACACCACAGGUGCAGGAAGUUGCGCCCGAACAACCUCCUGAGCCAACAGCCUCGGUCAGCGUCAACGUCGAAGAGCCCUCUGCGGAACCCACGACUGGCCGCGCGGGGCUCAACAAUGGCUAUAGCAGCGACUCCAAAGCUCACUACCACUCCCGUUCAACCGAUUUCCAUCAUUCUGCUCCAGAGACUACAGCGCAGGACGAUCAAUCGACUCGUCUCACUUCAUCCCCUUCGCUGAGCCAGCAGCCUCAACUCCUGUCCACGUCCCGACCUGGCUCGGGGCUCUCGAGUGGUCCAGAGCGACAUGCCAUGCCUCCGCCACAGCAGUCGGAAGUGAGCCAACGAGCGGCCUCUCAGGCGGCGAAGAAUAGCGUGGUGAUCAAGGUUGGCAUGGUCGGAGAUGCCCAGAUUGGCAAGACCAGUUUGAUGGUCAAAUACGUCGAAGGGAGUUGGGACGAGGAUUACAUUCAAACUCUGGGCGUCAACUUUAUGGAAAAGACCAUCUCGAUUCGCAAUACUGAGAUUACCUUCUCAAUCUGGGAUCUUGGUGGCCAACGAGAGUUUGUCAACAUGUUGCCACUUGUUUGCAAUGACGCCGUCGCAAUUCUGUUCAUGUUCGACCUCACCCGCAAGAGCACCCUGAACUCGAUCAAGGAGUGGUAUCGCCAGGGACGGGGCUUCAACAAGACGGCCAUUCCAUUUCUUAUCGGCACCAAAUACGACCACUUUGUCAACUUCCCUCGUGAGGACCAAGAGGAAAUCUCCAUUCAGGACUGGCAAACAUUAACCGUAAUGCAGGCCAAACGAUUUGCCAAGGCAAUGAAAGCCAGUCUGAUCUUCAGUAGCACCAGCCACAGCAUUAAUGUGCAAAAGAUCUUCAAGAUUGUUUUGUCCAAAGCCUUUGACUUAAAGUGCACCAUCCCCGAGAUCGAGAACAUUGGCGAGCCUCUCCUCCUCUACAAGUCCGCCUAA